CGAAAUGAUCAACACAGCUGUAUCGGAGCACAAGAUGACCGUACCGUGAAGAAUUUCGUCAGAACAUUCUUUCCGCAAAAAAUGUGAAGAAAGUUUGUUAAACUGUGUCGAUCUGUUAAUUCUGAAAGGGAUGGAAGAUCCGGAAGUGGAGGACGAAUAUGAACGUGAGGAUGUACAGAAAAAGACUUUCACUAAGUGGAUUAAUUCACAGCUUGGAAAAGGAAAUCAUCCAUUAGUGAAAGAUUUAUUUUUUGAUUUGCGAGAUGGAACACGACUUCUGGGUCUUUUGGAAGUUCUUUGUGGAAAAGAAUUACCAAGAGAAAGAGGAAAGCUGAGAGUUCACCACCUUAAUAAUGUUGGACGUGCCUUAAAAGUUUUACAAGACAACAAUAUUAAGUUGGUCAACAUUAGCACCAAUGAUAUAGUCGAUGGUAACCAGAAACUAACAUUGGGCUUGGUAUGGAGCAUAAUUUUACAUUGGCAGGUUCAUGGUGUCCUCACAAAGGCUUCAGAUGAACUUCCUCAGACACAUUUAGAAAAAACUUUAUUAGCAUGGUGUCGUGAUGCUACUUCAGGGUAUUCUGGGGUUAACAUUCGUAAUUUUACUACAAGUUGGAGCGAUGGAUUGGCUUUUAAUGCUCUUAUUCAUCGAUUCAGGCCAAAUUUAUUUGACUAUGAUGCCUUAACAAAGAAAGAUGAGAAUUCUCGUCUUGAGCAUGCUUUUCAGAUAGCUUAUAAAUACCUUGGGAUCGAUAAACUUCUUGAUCCUGAAGAUGUAAAUACUAGUCUACCUGACAAAAAAUCUGUGAUGAUGUAUGUAAUGUGUUUCUUCCAAUCUUUGCAUAAUCAAUCAAUUCCUCUUAGAAGGCACAAUUCUUCAGAUUCCUCAGAAGAAAGUGCAGAGGCAAGUGAUAUUACUUCAUAUCAAACGUCAUUAGAAGAUGUAUUAACAUGGCUUCUUGAGGAUGAAGAAAAGUUAAAAGAACAAUCAAUUGCUGAUAAUUUAGAUGACAUUAAAGAACAGUUUCAUGACCAUGAGGCAUUUAUGUUAGAGCUUACAAAGCACCAACAGGCUGUUGAAAAGGUUUUGUGCAGUGGUCAUCUACUUUUAAAGCAAGGAAAGAUUACACCUGCUGAACAUGAAGAAAUAGUUGUACAGAUGCAGUUACUAAAUGAGAGAUGGCAUGACAUAAGAUCAAAAGCUAUUGAACGUCAAAAUGAAUUACAAGAAAAAGUUAUGAGUUUACAAAAAAUUCAACUUGAUAACAUAUCAAAAUGGUUAAGUGAAAUGGACAAUAAACUAGAACACCUGCCUUCUCUUGGACCAAAUUUAGAUGCACUUAAGAAACAAGCUGAAAUGCACAAGCAUCUUAUGGAAGAAGUUGAAAGAAAACGAGAUGCAGUGAAUGGUAUCACAAAAAUAAUGAUUGUAAUGGACGAUGAUAGCAGCCAAAAUGCAUAUGCUUCAUUAAGCAAACAGCUAGAUCAGAUUAUUCAACAAUGGUCUAAAAUUUGUCAAGCUGUCAGUGAACGUAAUGCGAUUUUUGAGUCACUAAUUCCUCAGUGGCAGCAGCUAGAAGAUGAAGAGCUUUGUUUUAGUCAGUGGUUGCAGAGGAAAGAUCAACAACUUUCUACAAUCACCUUGAAGCCGCCUGCUGAUAGCCGGGUGUUGCUUGAGCAAGUGAAACUGUUACAGUCAGUAGAACAAGAUUUAGACAUUCAUCACCGUUUAUUUAAUCAAUUAACAGAAAGAGCUCAAAAAAUUAAAGAACAAUUAGAAGUUGGGUCGCUGGGUAUGAUUGAAAUAACUGACAAAAUUGAAAAACUUACUCAGAGGUGGGAUGCUCUUGUACUUUUAAUGGAAGACUUGAGUAAAAAGCUUACUAAGUUAGAAGAAGAAAAAGCUGCUUCAACAAAUAGAAAACAGAAUGAGCUUGUACAUUCUCCUCCAUCUGAUUCUAAUCAACUGGAAAAUGAACAAGGUGGAGCAAAGAAAAGGCGUUUGGACAGUUGGCGCAUGCACGAAUGGUAUGAAAACUAUGAAGAAGUGAAUUUAUGGCUAGAUCGUGCAGAAUCAACAAUGGGUAUUGCAGCCUAUGAAACUUCAGGAAAUGAUAUUUCACCUUGGGAUACACUGAGUUUAGAUGAUCAGCAAGUACUCUUAGAGGACACAGAAGCAGAUUUCAGGGCUCAGAAAAGUAAAGUUGAACAGCUUUUAAGCCAAGGAGCUCAGAUUAUAAAAGAUUUAGAAUCAGUCGGUGAAAAUCCAAUAAAAAUUCAAAAAAUAAUGCGUGAUGUUGAAUGUCGAUGGAAAGCACUUGUUACUGCUGUUGAAAAUCAGAAGAAUGAUGUUCAGUUGCAAUUAGAUGCAGAUCGCUUGAGAUGUGAAAAAGAUGCAUUAGAACUUAUCCUCAAUUUUCAAGUCCGUUGGUUUGAAACAGCUCAAAGGACAAUGCUUGAUAAAAAGCCUGAAGAAUGUCGAAGAAUGGCUGAAGAGUGUAAACUAUGUCUGUCUUCUUUGCAAGGCCAUGAAGAAAAAGUGGAAAAACUGAAAAAGGAGACAAAUGAACUCAAGAAGAAAUCUCCUUCACUUAUGUCCUUUGCAGUUGAAGUUGAUCAAUUUUGCAAAGAAUGGAAUAUAAUGUCCAGGAAGCUUGCUGAAAUGGAAAGAAGUUUAAAUCAUGCAAUGCUGCAAGCUCCACCAGUUGCAUUUAUGGAAGCUGCUCAAUCCUUGGACACUUGGCUGGUAAAUGUUCAUCAGGCUUUGAUCUCGGAACAAAUAUCUGUAGCAGAAUUGGAUCAGAUGGAAGAGCAGCUUACAAAGUUAAAGGAAUUACAAAGUACAAUAGAAGAUGAACAAUCCAACUUGGAUUAUGUUAAAAAAACUAGAAAUCAACUCUUAAAAUCUGAUUCAGAUGCUCCAUGGGUUGGAGAGCUGAACCAUCAGGUACAGCAUUUGGAAAGCACAUGGUCAGAAGUCUGCAAACUUAUUCGAGUGAUGAUGGAAGGACUAGAAAAAUACAUUGCUAAACUCCAGCAGUUUCAGAGUGAAGCUGCAGGCCUCAUGAAUUGGAUGCAAGAUGUUGAUCAGUUUCUAGCUGCUGAAGAUCCUGCUGUAGGUGAUAUAAGUACUUUAGAAGCACAACUUGAGCAGAGUAAUGCUCUUCAAGAAGAUAUCAAAACUUUAGGACCUAAUGUGCUUCGAAUAGAAAGCACUGGUAAAGAAUUAAUAGAGAAUGCCGGUGAAACUCCAUUUGCUGCUGAGUUAAGGAACCAGAUUUCUACUUUGAAGGAAAAUUGGGAAAGAGUAGUUGAACAGACAAAUAUCAAAAAUAUGAAACUAAAAGAAGCUCUAAAUGGAAGCAAUGAAUUAACUGAAAUAAUGGCAGAUUUAUCUGAUUGGUUGCAGAAAUUAGAAACUGAGAUUCCAGAAGAUGGUCCUGUAUCUAAUUCAUCUGAUUUGAUGUCAAAAAAUAAAAAAUUACAGUUUCUAUUAAAUAAAGUAGAGAAAAGACAUCAAGAAUAUGAAAAACUUUCAUCUGCUUUUAAGAACAUAUCCAAUUCAUCUCAGCAAAAAUCUUUAGAAAACUUGUCUGAGGAAUUUGAAAAUGUGAAGUCAAAGUGGGAAGGAACAGUUUCAAAAAUUAAAGAAUUGUCUAAGAAAUACAAGGAAAUGGCUCUAAAAUAUAAUGAAUUUUGCAAUUUGGUAAUGAGAGAAAAUGAUUGGUUAGAUCGAUUAGAAAAGAAGCUCAAAAGAUCUCCUGAAUCUGCUGCUGAUGCUGAAGAAAUAUCUGAAAAUUUAGAUGACCUGGAAAAUUAUUUACGACAUCACCCAUCCGAUAGAAUACCAAAAAUUCAAAAUAUUGGACAGUUUUUAGUUUCAAAUGAUGUUUUAGUAACUCCUGUAGAAAGGGAUGUAAAUUUAGUAACCAGGCGAUUUGAAGAAUUAAGCAGACAAGGUCGAGACAGACAGCAACUCUUAGAAAACAGCAUAGCUGAAGCUCAGCAGUGUGAACGUCACAUAUUAACUGUCCAAGCUUGGAUAUCACAUAUUGACACUGUUUUGCAGAAUAGAUUAGAUAAUGAUAUCUCUUCUCAAGAUGUACCUGAAGAACUUACACAACUAGAGGCCGAAUUUGCUGAAAAAGAACAAAGUAUUAAAUCUCUUCAAGAAGAUGUGGAGAAUUAUAGGUCUCGAGGGCGCAUUGAGGCUGCUCAUAGACUAGAAGAACAAUUGCGUUUAGUAGAGGAAAAAUUUAGUGAAUUACAAGAAAAAUUCAUCAAAUUUCAAACUCCUUGUAAUUUUGGAAAUAAGCUUAAUCAUAUGGGUACUAUGUUAAAUGAAGUAGAAGAUGGCCUCAAUUCAUUUCAGUUCUCCAGUGAAGAUUCUGAUUCUUCUGAAAGUCAGCUGGAAAAAUGUUUGCAUUUAUACAAAGUUUUGAGUGAAUUGAAGCCAGAACUGGAGCAAUGUAUACGACAAGGAAGGCAGAUAGCUGGUUCAAAGCAAUCUGAUUUAAAAGAACGAUUAGAGUUCUACAAGAAUCAAUACAACAUUCUUGGUUCUAAGGUUACUGAAGCAAGAACUGCUCUUGAAAAUGCUGUUAAAAAAGAAAGUAAUUUAGAAGCUGAAAUUUUUCAUUAUCAAGAAUGGCUACAUGCUGCUCGGAUGGACGCUGAUAAAACAGCUCCAGAAAAAACAAAGAAUGUUAGUGAAAUGGAGGUUCAACUAUGUAAUGAUAUACUCUCGGAGGUGAGGAAUAAAAAGAAUCUUUUGGACAGCUUAUUAGAGAGAGCCAAAAAUUCAGAUGAGUCUUCAGAAGAGAGCAUCAUGGAAUUACAACAUGAAUAUUCAAUGUUUGAACAGAAAUUAAUGAAACGCAUUGAAACUCUAAAGGGUGCGAGUAAAGAAUAUUCCAAAGACUUCUUUCAGUCUUUAGCCGAAAUGAAAAACUGGUUACAGUCAGCUGCAAAUUUUGUGUAUAAUUUUGAGAAGCUUUCCCGUAAACAGAAAUUGUCUGAGUCUCAGCAAGAAAGGCUUAAGCAUUUGCAAGAAGAAUUAGUCAGCAUAGAACAGAAGAAAAAUGAACUGAUUAAAGCUAGUAAUCAAAUGGGAAAGCUUAAGGAAAAGUUUGCAGUCAAACCUGAACUAGUUGAAGUAGAAGAAAAAUUUGAAAUUUUAUCUAGUAAAAUUCAAAAUUUAGUAACUAAUCAAGAGAUUGACGUGAAGCGUGCCACAAUUGAGCAACUGAGGGCAUCUCCUGUUCAGCUUCCUACUUCUGAGCCUGGUUCUCCUAAAAUUGAAGAAAUUGGACUGAAGAUUAGAAGGCUUAGUUCAGCUCUUGAUGAACUGGGGACAUUAACUACAAAUAAAACCAAUAUAAAUAAUUUUGAUUCCACUUCUCAAUUAAAAGAAGAGCUCAAAGCUUUGACUGAAAAAGUUACAACUGUUGAAGAGGAUAUGAACCAGCUUAGAAGUGAAUGGCAAGUUCACAGCAAUAGAGAUGACUCUUCAACAGCAAGGUUAAACCAUCAAAUGAAAGAAUUGACUGAUAAAUAUAUGAAUAUAACUGAAAAAGUUGAAACACAGUGCCAAAAAUUGAAUGGCAAAAUUGAGCGUUGGUCUGAUCUUGAGAGAAAACAUGAAAAUCUUUCAGAUCGCUUGCAGUAUCUUCUUUCUAAUUUCAAAGACAUAGAAAAAGCCCCAGUUAGUCGACAAAAGGCUUUAGAAGAUGAGGCUAAAAAUUUACAAAAUGAAUUUGAGAAUCUACAGCAAGAAGCAACUGAAAUUGGGGCCUCAAAGACACUUUUACAGAAAUUGUUAAGAGAGUCCACCACACACCUGGCAGGUUUAAGCAUUAGGUUGGAUGAAUUAGAAACUUUAAAACAGAAAUCUGUGAAAACAGCUUUAACCCAAACUGAUAAGAACCAAGUCAUUGUUUUGGAAACAUCUAGUUAUGCUAUUGUACCUGAUUUUAUUGCAAAAGUAAAUAAAGUUAGAGAGGCUGUUGCUGCAGUUAAUAGACAAUUACAUCAACCUGAACUAGCUGGAAAGGAUUUUGAAGAUUUUGGCCGACAAGAAAGUUCAUUAAAAGGUAUCAAAGAUGGCAUGAAUGCUUUAAAACCAAAUGUUGAGCUAGUAUUUGCUGAAAAGGAAAAUGUUUUAAAAAAAGCUUCUAAGGCAGAUGCUGCACAGAUAGAACGUGUAUCUGAAAAGUUGAAUGAAGAAUGGAACAAAUUAAAUACUUCUUAUGAAGAGAGAUAUAAAAAAUGGCAAAAAUCAAGUUCUAUAUGGCAAGGUUUUGAAAGUGAUCUUCGCAGCAUGACAUCAUGGCUCGUUAGUUCUGAAACAAUUUUGGCUCAUAGUAGAUUGCAAAAUGGAGAUUUAGAUUAUGAAAGGGCAAGAAUGCAUCAAGAGAUGUUACAAAAGCAAGUUAGUGAAAAAAUGGCUACCAUGGAGAGUAUAAAUGUGACUGGCCAAAAGGUGUUGGAUCAAUGUUCUGCUCCAGAUGCCAUCCUUUUACAAGAACAGCUGGAUUCUUUAAACAAACGAUGGAAAACUCUUGUAGUUGAAUUGGCAGCUAGAAAGGCCAAACUUGAUGAAGAUAAAUCUACAUUGGCUGUAGUUAAAGAUGAAAUGGAAGAUCUUACUUCAUGGCUGAAGGAAACUGAAACAUUACUAUGUGGAACACCUCGUACUACGGAUUUGGCCAAUGCAAAAGUGCUACUUGGAAAACUUAAGGAACAUGAACAAGAUAUUCCAAGUCGUAGAAGUAGUCUUUUAACCAUAAUGUUAGCUGGCUCCUUAGUCAAUGUGGAAGAUGUUGAAGCAUUAGAGCAACGUUAUGCUAAGGUUACUGGACUUUUACCGGAUAGAAGACAAAAUUUAGAAACAUAUGUGAAUGGUUUGUCUAAAUUUCAAGAAGAAGCAGUGAUAGAAAGUGAAUGGCUGAAGGAUUCUAGAAAAAAAUUAGAAGAUCGUCUUGCCUUAUAUAGUGCUGGUAGAACCGUUUCUGAUCCUUCAGAUGUAACAAAAGAUGACGUCACUGCUCAUCAUAAAACAGUUUCAAAACUCGUUCAGCAGCAAAAUGAACUGGAAUGUGCUGCUCAGAAAUCAUCUCUAAUUUUGUCCCCAUCUGUUAAAAGAACUGCUACUAGUUUGGCUUCCGAGUGGGCAUGCUUAACUCAAGUGUUAAAAAAAUUACGUCCAUAUGAAAGAUGCCCUUCUCCUGUCAAUUUAGAUCUCAUUCCUGCUUCAUCAUCAAAUUCAGCAAUCAUUGAAGCUAGAAGAUCUCGACUUACCUUUGGUGGCACACUUCCCACUAGUGGUCCUGGCAAAAUCUGGGCUGACCAACUUUGUGAACUGCAGGAUUGGCUUGAGAGCCAAGAUUUGAAUCUUCAAAUGCAAGUAGUUGAUGUUACAGAUGAGAAUGCUAUUGUAUCUGUUAUCGAGAAAGUCCAGAAAUUCCUAAACGAGCAAGACCAGAAAAAUGUGCAAUUAAAGAAACUAUUAGCGGCGGUCGCACAUUUCAGACAGAAAGGAGAUUACAACAAGGAAUUAGAAGCUAGAGCGCUGCAUCUUCACUCCGAGUGGGAGGAGGUGCGGGAGGGGGCGAUGCAGAGAAAGCGCCAGCUGGAAGGGAUGCUGGCCGACGGACGCAGCUUCGAGGAGAGGCGGAGGGAUGUGGACGCCUGGCUGUCCAGGCUGCAGGCUCGUCUCGAACGCAUGCCACCCGUAGGCCAAACCCUCGACAUUUUGGAAGCACAGCUCAAAGAACAAAAAGCUCUACAAGCAGAAGUUGGUCAGUGGAAGGGGGCAGUCGAAGGAGUGACCAGAACAGCGCACAAAAUUGCUGCCGACUGCCCGCAUGAUGAUGCCAAUCGUCUGCGCGCCAUUGCAGAUCGCAUUAACCAGCGGUACACAGAACUUGCCAUCAGUGUACAAGCUCGAGGAAAGGCUCUCUUGAACGCUCUCAACUCUCUUCAGCAGCUGGACAAGGCUCUGGAUCGUUUCCUGGCAUGGUUGUCAGAAACGGAAUCGGCCCUGGAGUUGCUGGAAGCAGAGGAAGAGAAGUAUGGUCCUAGAGAUGACUUCCACCAUCGUUCGCAUGGAUGCCAAGAACAAAUCAGGGAUUUGCAACGAGAAAUUGAAUCCCAGAGAGAUCUUCAUCAAACUUUAAGCGAACGUAGUAGCCAUUUACUUCAAAGUUUGGAGAGCCAAGAUGAUGCAUUACUUCUGGGUAGAAAGCUGCAAGAAAUGAAUCACCGUUGGAAUGCUCUCAGACUUAAGACUGUCUCUUUAAGGAAUCGUUUAGAAAGUAGUGCAGAUCAGUGGAAUCAAUUACUAUUGUCAUUGAGAGAACUGACUGAAUGGGUCAUCAAGAAAGAGACAGAGCUAUCUGCUCAACCUGCCAUUGGAGGAGAUGUUGGCUGCAUUGUUAAGCAGCAAGAUGAGCACAGAGCUUUUCGUAGACAGAUUGAUGAUAAAAGACCUGUUGUGGAAAGUAGUCUUUUAGCUGGAAGACACUAUGUGGCCAAAGAACCACCUCUUUCAGACACUAGCGACUCUGAAGCAAAGGAAUUUGAAGGAGAUAGUAGGGGAUAUAGAAGUGCUGAAGAACAAGCCAGAGAAAUCACAAGGAGUAUUCGAAGAGAGGUUAAAAAAUUGUCUGAUAAGUGGAAUGGGCUCCUUUCAAGAACAGAACAGAGGCAGAAACGCUUGGAUGAUGUUCUUGUGAAAAUGCAAACAUUACAACGAGCCAUGGAUGACUUGAAUACACGAUUGCAUUCAGCUGAAAAUGCCAAAUCAAAAUGGCCUCCAGUAUCUGAAUUUGUUUUGGAUCAACUUCCAGAACAAGUUGAUGAGUUGAAAAUUUUCAAAGAAAGGAUUGCACCUCUGCAAAUGCAUGUUGAUGAAGUUAAUGAGGCUGCUGCUCGUAUAACUGGUUGUAAUGUUUUAUUAUCGCAUUCCAAUCUCAAUAGACUUGAAGAGUUGAAUACUCGUUGGAGACUUUUGCAGUUGGCUAUUGAUGAUCGAAGAAAGCAGUUGGAACACUGUUUAAUCGACCAGGGCUCUGCACAACAACAAUUUCUGAGUGCUUCUGUCAGCCAUCCAUGGGAAAGAGCAGUAGCUGGAAACAAAGUGCCUUAUUAUGUGAAUCAUUUAACUGAAACUACUCACUGGGACCAUCCAAAAAUGAUUGAACUAAUGGAUUCUUUAGCUGAACUUAACGACAUUAGGUACUCAGCUUAUAGAACAGCAAUGAAACUUCGAACAGUUCAGAAAAAGAUUUGUUUGGACAUGGUUAACAUGAACAAUGCAAUCAAUGCUUUUGACCAACAUGGUUUAAGAGCUCAAAACGAUAAACUGAUUAGUGUUCCUGAAAUGAUUACUUGCCUUUCUACAAUCUAUGAAGGCAUUGCUACUGAAAAUAAUUCCUUAAUCAAUAUUCCUCUUUCUCUGGAUCUAUGUCUCAACUGGUUGCUCAAUUUGUAUGAUACUGUGACAAGAACUGGAUAUAUUAGGAUAUUAUCUUUUAAAGUAGGCAUAAUAUUGCUUAGCAGAGGAAGCUUGGAAGAUAAGUUUCGUUAUUUAUUUUGUUUAAUCGCUGAUGUCAAUGGUUGUGCUGAUGAAAGAAAACUUGGUUUAUUGUUGCAUGAUUGUGUUCAGAUACCCCGUUUGUUAGGAGAAAUAGCUGCAUUUGGUGGUAGUAACAUUGAACCUAGUGUUAGAAGCUGUUUUGAGAAAGCAGGGAAUCAGAAAGAGAUUCAGGCAUCUCAUUUCUUGACAUGGCUGCAGCAAGAACCACAAUCAUUAGUUUGGUUGCCUGUACUUCAUCGAAUGGCUGCUGCAGAGACUGCUAAACAUCAAGCUAAAUGCAAUAUUUGUAAACAAUAUCCAAUAGUAGGAUUUAGGUAUCGAUGUUUAAAAUGUUUCAAUUUUGAUUUAUGUCAGAGCUGCUUCUUCUCUGGUAGAAAGGCAAAAAAUCAUAAACUUACUCAUCCAAUGCAGGAAUAUUGUACAGCAACAACGUCAGGAGAAGAUGUUAGAGAUUUCACGAAAAUAAUGAAAAAUAAAUUUAAGUCGAAACGUUAUUUCAAGAAACACCAAAGGCUUGGUUACCUUCCAGUUCAGACUGUACUAGAGGGGGAUGAUCUUGAAAGUCCAGCACCAUCUCCUCAGCAUACACUAUCUUCUCAAGAAAUGCAUUCUAGGCUGGAACUAUAUGCAAGCAGGUUAGCUGAAGUAGAAUUAAGGACAAGAAGUAAUUCAACGCCUGAUUCAAGUGAAGAUGAGCAUCAAUUAAUUGCUCAAUACUGUCAAACUUUGAGUGGAGAGUUAGCUUUGCCAGUGCCUAGAAGUCCUGCUCAAAUUAUGGCUUUAAUUGAUGCAGAACAAAGGGAAGAAUUAGAAGCUAUGAUCCAUGAAUUAGAAGAAGAAAAUAGGCAUUUGCAAUCUGAGUAUGAAAGGCUACGUGGCUCUCGUGGAAGUCGUAGUGUAUCUCCUACUGUUACAGAAGAAGAACAAGAGCAGGAGCCUCUCACACCCUGCAGGGAUGAAGAAAUGUUAGCUGAAGCUAAGUUGUUGAGACAGCAUAAAGGGCGGUUAGAGGCUAGAAUGCAAAUAUUAGAAGAUCACAAUAGACAAUUGGAAGCACAGCUACAUCGUUUAAGGCAACUUCUAGAUGAACCUCAGCCAGUUCCAGUCCGUGGCAAUCCCCAAAACAAUGGUUAUGGCACUCCAAAUGCUUCUUGGAAUCGUACUGUCAUUGUAGAACAAGCUCCUAGAAGGAAUGGACAAAUACCAGAUCAUGGUGGUUCUGCUCGUGUUGGUAAUUUGUUACACAUGGCUGGCAACUUAGGAAAAGCUGUAGGUACUCUUGUAACUGUGAUGACAGAUGAUGAAGAUGCCAGUGGCUCAGAGGAUGAACUCAAACACUGACUGAAAAUAAAUCCGUAAUAAAUUUCCUCCAAAGACUCUUCAACAUUCUUCAAAGCUUGCGUUUCUGCAAGUUGUUGUUCUGUGAAAAACAUUUCCAAGAUCUUACCUCAAGCAUGAAUUGGAAGCACGCAUUUAUACGAAUCAUGAACUGAAUGUGAAAAAACAUAUCAUAGACCAAUGCCAGAAUGUCACUUCAUCUUUGCCUUAGUAUCUGCACAAGGGUCUCUCUUCAGAUGUGACUACGAAUAGUAUUUUUUUAAAUUAUUACCUAAGUCACCUUUGUGUUGAGUACCCAUUUACUUGCUUAGUAGACUGAUGGCAUGGAGUUGUUUCAACUUUAGAGAUUGGAGCUACUGAUUUUUAACCUCGAAUAUGUUUACUUUGGAGAUUAAUAGAGUCAUCCAUAUCAUACUGUUCUGUUUAUAAUUGAUUUAAAUUUAUAUAUGUAUUUUCAAAGAUGAGAUUGAAAGAUUUAUGUAUAAAGAUGGGUAUUUAUUUUUGAAAUGGUUAAUCAAUGGGCAUGAUGAGAUGUUAUUUAGAUUGCUCAUUUUCUUUCAAUAAUGCUUGCUUUUCAGUAUGCAUAUAAAAUAAAUAUCAACCAGAAGUUGAAAUUUACUUUUUAAAUCAUUAUGAAUGAUUGAUAAAUUUAUAUAAAAUAUAAUAAAAUUAAAAGUCAACAGUGCCCCCCCCCUCCCAUUAACUUUUAGGAAGAAAAUUAUUGGAAUUGUCACCUGUGAAAAUAAUUAUGAACUUACUUUAUGGCAAUAAAAGUUCAGAAGAGGUUUUUCCAUGUAAAAUUAUACUUAUUUUUGUUGAAAGUAUACUCUCCAGAAAUUCUGAAAAUAUUUUUUUUUUCUUUUUCUAAAGGUUUUCUACAUUAUUUGGUUUGCUUAAAAGUAUGUAUCAAUGCGCAAAUUACAUUUGAUUGCUAUUAUUUAUUAUUUAUUUAUUUAAUAUAUAAUUUUAUAUAAAGAAGUUCUAUAAUACUGGGAUUUCUAAAUAAAAAAAAAUUGAUAUCAGCAAAAAUUAUAAUUGUGGUUUGCUAUCUUUGAAACACUAAGAACUAAAACUUGAUUCAUUAAAUCUGUUUUAUUUUUCAAAUACAAUAAUUUUUUUAUUAUCAAUAAAUCUAUAAUUUCACUAUUAAUGCAAGUUUCAUAAAGUCAUUUGAAUCAUCUUGUCAUCUGAGAUAUUUUUCAUUAUGUUUUAGAUUACUUUUAUGAAUUGAUAUUGUAAAUAUUAUAUUCCGAUUUGAAAUGUAUAUAGUAAAGUUAUUGUUUGAUUUUCAAAACCAAAGCAUAUAUGAAAAGCUAUUUCAGAGUAUGAAAAUAUCUUAUGAACAUUUAUUAUUGAAAUUCUGACAAAAGUAUAUCAAAUAUAGUGUGUUUGUUUAUAAUUCUUGGGAAAACUAUAUGUGCUAAUUUAAAAAAAUUGAAUUCGUAUAAAAUAUGAACUAGAAUAAUUUUAAUCUUUAAAACAUAUCUAUGUAAAUUAAUGAAUUGCAUUACUUCUAUUUUGUUUUGUAUAUUAGGACCAAAAUGUGAAUUGCCCAAAGAGAGAAAAGGCGGUAAAUGUCUGUAUUAAAAGGCAGGAAACUCAUCACACUAAGUAGUGUCAUCAUGUGCCAUAUCAUAAGUACAUUUCAACUGUUACAUUCAAACACAUUACUUGAAGGCUAACAUGGCAUUCUUCAGUUAAAAGAAUGUGCAUUUUUUGUAUCUUUUUUUUAAGAAAGUCAUUCAUGUGUGCUGCCACUAGUUAGGUAGAUAGCUGACAAUUGAAAAUGAGACGGUAGCUAAAAAAUGUAUCAUAAGUUAUUCGUGACUCCAAUAUUGUAAGUAUUUUGUAAUGCAUUUAUGAGACAUUCGCAGCGUUACUGAAACAAGAUUUACUUUUUUUUUUUUUUUUUUUUUUUUGGAAGGGCGAGUGUCUUGUAACAUUUUUUCAUUAUUUCAUCUUCAAAAGGCAUAAUUCAUUGCGAUUUUAAAAAAUUGAUUUUUUUAAAUCUUUUACUUAAUUACAUGUAUUGAAUUUUAAAUAUUUCUAUGUUAAAGAGUUAUAAAAAGGAAAUUGAAAUCCAGCAGGUAAAGUGCUACUUUUCUUUUGCUGAAACAGAACUAAUGAUUGACGUUCUGUUGAUGUUCAUGAUGAGUGUAAAGUUGUUAUAUAACUUUUGCAGCAAUAAACUAAGAAAAUUUAGUGAA